AUGAAUAAUGCCGAUCUCUUUCGAGAUCCUAUUGCAAUGACAGAUCCAGUACAUGUUGCUGGAGAAGAUCAUAUCUUGGCUAAAUUUCGAGAAGGAAAGAGCAAUCCAUACAGCUACAGAUAUGUGUCGCUGUGUGACGAAUACAGUCUUCCGGUGGACUUCGUCAACAAGCGGAGGCCCCACAGUUUUGGCGCCGGGCUUGCCAACUGGACCACUCCCAGUCCGGCAGGCGAACAGGUGGAGGUAGUCGAGGCGUACUGCGACCCCCGGGACUCUAAGGCGUACUUAGAACCCGGUGAAGAGGCGAGUGGCAAGCUAUAUACCAGUCCCGACAGAGACUACUCCCAGCCAUACACAGAUGGGUCUUCGGAAGCGAAGGCGUCCGAUCUCGACGAUGACGGCGUGUACGAGGACGUGGGCCUGCCUGUAGAGGGAGCAGAGGACGCCGCCGCCGCCGCCACCGUCACCGCCUGCGUCACAGUCGUCUGCGUCAGCGCUGACAGCGAGCAGCGCACGCCGCUGCACCCUGCCGCGGGGGCCGAGCGCCGCAACAGAUCGCCCUACUACUACGCCGACCUCUUCCGGGAGCGCGACGAACCAGAGCCGCCGCCCCCGCCGCUGCCAGCGCCCUCUCUGCGCCGCCAGCAACAGGGGUACCGCAAGUGCGUGAGCCUCGACGCGGCCGCGCCUUCGUGCCCCGCCAGCCAGCAGCGGCCGAGUGCUGCGGCAGGGGCUCGCGCCUACCGCAAGAGCGCCAGCCUCGACGCCACGCCGCUGGCGGCGCUGCUGCUAGAGGCGCCCCCCUCCACACACCAGCAGCAGCAGCCAGCCCCACAGCCCGGGGGACAUGCGCCCAUGCCGCCCCAGCACCGACGGGUCGCUGCCUACCAGCAGGUGGCGUCGUGUUCCUGCGCGGGCGGAAGCGCGACGGAAGAGCCCGGGCAGCCGCAGCAGGCUACGCCUCCGCUAGGCGACGGCGCACGCUUCAGCGACAGCGACGCGGACCUCGACGACGAGUACCUGGACAUGAGCGGGCAGCCGCGCGCGCGCCGGCACAUCUACGAGACGGCGUUCGACUGCCGCGUCGACCGCGCAGCCGCCACCGACGACACCGAGGACAUCGACCGCCUCUCCAACCACCCUGCACUGCACGGUUUCUCCAAGCCCAGCGCGACGCCAGCGGCCGCCGCCCCCGGAGUGGUGUCUUUCGCUCCGCGCGCCGGUCCCUCUGACGACCCGUCCGGCCCGGGCAUCUUCACACCCAAGGACCUCCGCCGGCGCGUGCACCAGCGCCGCGUCACGCUCGUCGACGACACCAGCCUGUCGCGGGACCUCGACUCGCUCGACCUGGACGAGGACGACGAAGAGGAGUCGCGCCCGGCGACUGCGGCCGCGGGCGCCGCUGCGGGGGCGGUGGGGGCGGCGCCGUCCCCGCCGUCUACGGCGCCGCUGCCCGCCAAGUUCAGCAAGGCUCCGGGGGCGGGCGCGGGGGCGGCUUCCGGCGCUCGCAGCGCACCCUGCCUGCCCGCCUCCGCUCCCGAGUCCGGAACCGCCGCUGGCCGCCUGAAGGACGCGCGGCUGCCCGUCAAGUCGCUGCGAGCCAGGGAGUUACCACGGCGCGAAAUGCAUCACCACCACCACCACCAGAACGGCCGGCCGGCGGCGGGCAGCAAGUUCUCCAGCACGGAGAGCAUGGCGACCAGCAGCAGCGGCGGCAGCCUCGAGUCCAUCCGCUCCAGCACCAGCGAGGGCAACCGCUCCACCAGCAGCUCCGACAGCCGGCGCAGCACCUCGCUCAGCUCGCACAGCUCAGACUCCAGCGGCGCCGACAGGUACCACCUGCCUCUGGGGAGCGGCAUGCAGACGACGCCCGGCAGCGGACUGGGCGGCGGCGUAGGCGGCGGCAUGGGUCGCUUCAGCAACAAACUGCACAUCCUGUCGCCCAUUUCCGACAAGUCGUCGCAGGAGCCCGCCUCCUCCACCGAGACGUCGGACAACAACCGCAACAACAACAGCACGCGCGCCUCGCCAGAGGACCAGGGUGGAAUCACCCCCACCAACGAGACCAACACCAACACCAACGUCACCGCCACCAUCACCACCAGCAACGGGCCCGGCGGUGCAGUGACGCAGGCGGAAGGGCGGUUCGCGAAGCGGCAGCGGGCGCCGCAGAACCGCAACCUGAUCAACCUGAUGGGCCUCCACCAGUCGUCUGGCGAGGCCGAGGUCCAGGGCUCCGACAGCGGCAUCUCCAUAGAGUCGCGCACCGGCCACCAGCACCACCACGCGGCCGGCGACUUCUCGGAGCUACCGUUCGACAUGCCCAAGUUGCGGCGGCGGCAGCGCCAACUGCAGCUGCAACAGCAGCAGCUGCUGGGCGACCCCAGGGCUCCCGGGACGGCGACAUCCGCGGCGCCGGGGGGCGGCGGCGCGGCUCGCAGCAGCGACGCCUCCUCCGUGGACCUCGCUGACCUGCCCUUCGACAUGCCCAAGCUGCGGCGGCGCAUGCGCAACUCGCUCGGCGCCGGGCUGGCGCUCUCGUCGGCCGACGCGGGCAGCACCGAGUCCAGCGCCUCUUCGAGCCAGGGUGGCCGAAGGGACAGCCAAGGUGUGUGCGCGCGGCCCGGCCUCAGCCUGAACUUGGGUGGCGGUGACGCGUCGUCGUCCGCAUCGCCUCUUCGACGGCCAGCGCUGUCGCUCGACCUGCCGGCGGGAGUCGCGGCGCAGCCGGGCUCCAUCGACGUCUCCUUGCCGCUCGAGAGGCAGGGGUGGUAUCAUGGUGCCUUGUCCAGAGUGGAGGCUGAGAAUGUCCUCAGAGUCCUCCGUGAGGGCUCAUACUUGGUGCGCAACAGCGAGUCAGCCAGACACGACUAUUCACUGUCACUGAAGGGUGCCCGUGGAUUUAUGCACAUGCGUAUCCAGCAAAACAAAGAAUCAGGCAAAUUCAUCCUCGGCCAGUUCAGCAAACCAUUUGACAAUAUUCCUGAGAUGAUUCAGCACUACACAGUCAACCAAUUACCAAUCAGAGGAGCAGAGCAUAUGUGCUUACUGCAUCCAGUGAUAGAACAAUUGCUCUAGCUACUCUCCAGUCCGCCGUGGAUCAUACUGCGGCAGGACUUGUGACUUCAUCGGAUGCUGCUAUUGCUAUGUAUGAAGAAAGUGGGUAUCAUUCAGAACACUGAAUGUCUUACCUACUAACUCAUAAACUGCAGGUGUAAAUCAGUUACCUUGACCUGAGGGAAAAGUAAUCUUUCAACUGCUGCUGUAUGGUCAUGUUGAAUUAAUUCUGGAGCCAUUAUUUCAAACAGGCUGACAGAAAUUCUGGAAGAAAAUGGUCAGAUUUUUUUUUCUUUUUACCCAGAUGAGAUACCUUCAAGUAACAGACAAAAGAGAAAAGUCUGGAUAUGUCAUUACAUGAACAGUGCAGUGAUUAUAAUUUUGACACUAAUAAUGUUUUAUAACUUGUAUAGCUUUUUAGUAGAUUUAAGCCCAUUGUGCAAUGCCUGUAAAAUAGGAGUCCAUGUAGAUAGUUGUCAUGUGGAACAUUCCAAGCCAAAGAGUAGCUGUGAAGAAUUUUAUUAUACAUACAGAUAUCUAUCGACACAGAACAUAAAACAGUAGUUGCUGAACUAUAUUUCUUAGCUAGAAUAGGAUGUUUAUAUUUGUUGUUGCUGUGAUCUCAUUUUCUGUAUGUAUGAGGAGAAACAGUGUUUAUUUUGAAGAUGGGAAGAUUAUAUUUCAAUUGUAGUACUAUUAAGGCAGUUACGAGAGCCAUGUAACCGAGAAAUAUGGCAGAUGCAUCUUGAUUCUUAUGUUGAAGAUACUAGAAUAAUCCUAUUGGCAAAUUCUGUCUUUCAUAUUAUGUUAACAAAUAUUUUUUGUGUAUCUGAAACUGGUAGUAUUCUUGUCUGUUGUCAACAUCAGCCAUUGGAUGUGUGACAAAAAACUGUGCUUACCCUGUUCUGAUGAGCCUGGUCUUAUUUCCUGCUUUGCUCUAUAUAUUUUUGUGUUACGAGAAUGUCUUCUCUUAGUAAAUUUCCUUACUUUUAGUAUAUUUAAUACCUACAUUUAUUUGAAAAUUCAAAAACUCUUACUUCCUUCUGUAACACAAAAAAAUUUAAUUUUCCCUUUCUUUUCCUUGCAUCCUUUCAGUUUUCAUGCUAGAAAUUCUAUAAAAUAAAUGCGUUACAUGCUUUAAUUCAUUGAGAGCCCCAUUUUAUUACAGUGUAUGCCCUUGAAAGUAUGCUCAGUUCACAGCCAUCCGUCCACCAGUCUAUCUUACCGUCCUUUUGUUAAUGCAGACAACUGCAAGCUACCAGUGACAGCGAAGUAGUUUGUGACAUUUCCAGUGGCCCUGUAAUGUAAUUGCGAACAGGUCACCUGCCACUUUUACUUCCUCCUACAAUGUAAUAAUAUAUCUGUAAACUAGGCUACCUAUUUAAUGAAGUGGGCAAAAGUUUUUAUUAAAUUCAUUCUACUUUUGUAUACAUACUUGGUACCAGAAGUCCAUAAUGUCAAUGAGACUGAAUGAAAUUUAGAGCUUCCCCCUCCAAACUUUCACCUCUCAGAUUGGGAGACAUGUAUGUAGAACUUUUUAUAAAAAGUGUGAAAAAUUCUGAUUGUUUUUGUUGACUAUUGAACAGCUUCACGUUUGGCAGCAAAAGAAAAAUUGAUUAUAAAAAUGUCAAUAAUUUAAAUUACUCAUAUUACUGUAUUAUUUUAAAAUCAAAGAAUUACGCUGAUACUGAUUAUUUUGUGUAGCAUCUGUUGCAUAUGUCUGUGUCUAAUACCUACUGUAAACUUUGUCAGUGCAUAAUGCAUAGUUUUGUAUACGUUUCACUUGCCAGCCAAAGUACAAACUGAACUAUAACUGCAACCUGUGGUAACAAGCCCAAUAUGAGUAACUGCACAGACACGCAAACUGUAAAGCUGAGUCUCAUGUUGUAAAUGUAGUUACUGUAGGACCAAAACUAUAGGGCUUCCAUUCAAAACAACUGCUUGUGUUAAUAAUUUGUGUAUUUGAUUAAGCUGUCAACAUUGUUCAGUGCAUCUCACAGAAAGAUCUACAUACUAUACAUGAAAAACUGUCGCAAAAAUCUGUGAAAAUAAAAAUGCUUGUUACCUAUUCUUGUGGAAAAAGUUGCAUUUCACACAGAGAAUCAGAAAAUCUUGAAGACAGAUCUCUGUCAGCUGAAUGAAAAUCAGGCUUACUUUUACCAUCACAAUGAAACACAAAAAGAAAGUGUAGAGACAUAAGUUAGCUAUUAGGUAAGUUAUUGUUAGUUUGUUAGAAGAGAACAUCAUUCUCAGAGUUACCUCAACGACAAGUUCUCCAUACUGAAGAGGAGUCAGAAAUAACUGAAUGAAAGUGCAAUAUUAGUUUCUUUGUUGAUAGACAUUUAUAUUUGUAUUGAAUGUUGUGUGAAGGAAAAUAACUAAUACAAAAUGAAUACAGUUUAGAAUAUUACACAAGUUACCAUUCAUAAGACUUAGUAAUAACUAACUAAAUAAAUGACUUGUUAGAAAGAACAUUAUGAUUGAAAAUGUCAUGCCAUGAUUUAAAUGAAUAAAAUGAGUCUGAUAAUGUUUGAGGAAUCAAGACACCUUCUCUGGGUUUAUGUCACAUUUUCACAAUGUAGUAGGAUAAUAGGCCACUGAUGAUAUGAUUGCCUAAAAGGAGUCACAAGACAUAGUUCCUCCAGCAUUUUAGAUUUUCAUGCCACAUGUAGCACACAUUUCAUAUCUUAAAAUAUAAUAAAUAAAGUUUGUUGAACCCCAUUGUUCUCUAUAAAUAAGCUUUUUGGAUGAAAACAUUCAGCACUCCGUAUUAAAUUAAUACAAAUUUUGGACAAUAUGCAUACAGAAUAUUCCUGUCUCAGAAGGAAGCUUUCUUUGUGCCGCAUUUUUUGAAAACCUUGACAACUUAGUUAUUUCUAUUCCAGGUGCACUUCUCUAAUUAAAUUCUCAAAAUGUGCAGCAAAAUCAGAAUGGAAGAGCAGUAUAAAAUUAAAGGCAACAAUCAUGCAGCAAAUUAUAUAUCAAAUAUAAUUUUAAGAUAAUUCUUACAAUUAUUCAGCUGUAUCAAUAUGACAAAUGAUGAGUACUGAAUUGAAUCGAAUAGAUAAAUACACGAAUAAUAAGUUCUGACUGUGUUUUUGGCAUAAAGUCUUCCUAUCUUUUUCUCUCCAUGAAUUUCUGUUGAGUGUGCACAGAUGUGAUUUUAAACAAUUACUUGUGUAAUGUAGCUUUUACAUUAUAUACAAUAUAUGUUAUUUGCUGCAACAUAGUGUCAAAAUUGAAUACUUCGCACCCACGGCUGACAUACAAAUGAUAAUGUGAACACGUAUGUGAGAGACAGAAAUCUUCUAAAAAGAGUGUAAGCCAUUUACAUGUGUUAUUUUACUGGGAGAUACAGGAGGACCAAAGUUCUUUACAGCAUCAUUAUCUAACUUAUUUCCACCACCACAUACUUUCCUCCAUUUAUUUAAGAAAAUAAAGAUCAGAAGAAAGCCCCAUUUAUCAUACAUUGAUACAAUUUUGACUUAAAUGCAUAUUCAGUGAUAUUAUUAGAUAUUUCUCAGUUGGAAUGUGAGAGACAAGUGAGUAUUCCAUCAUAUUCUAUCAAAUGCUGUGCAUCAUAAAACAUAGCUUCACCCCAGAUGCAUCAAUUUUCUGUUGUUUUUCUGGUCCUUUACCCCUGUUUUCCUCUUAUCUGGUUUUCACGUAAGCCAAAAUUGUUGGAAAUAGGACAGUAACUUCUAUUUGACAAGAAUGCUUAACUAAAAUGAUUUGAUGGUGUGAUGAUACUGUUAUUCACCAGGAUCAGUAAUAAAAUUAACAAAUAUUUAACACAUGACAAUUGGUAUAGAAUCUGAAUAAUGCUGCAUGUGAUUAGAAGUCUCACUCAAUAACAAAAAUUCAAUUUAUCAUUGCAGACAGCAACACACUUAAUCUCUUUACUUCAUUCCAUUGUAGUGCUGAUUUCAGACAAAUUUCAUCACACUUUCCUAAAUAAACUUUAUAGUACCUCUACUUUGAUUGAUGGCUUAUAAAUAACAUGGUGUGUAAAUUCUUACAAAGUGAUAACAACUGUAUACUCCAUUUAUUGAGAAAUGGAACACAAAAAAUUUACUUUGUAUCUCCAAAGAAACAGUGACUCACACAAAUGUUACUGCAUUGUGGAAAAAGGCUAAGCUUAUUGUGCAUGUGAGCAUAAGGCUGUCAAAUUCGAGGGGGUUUUCUUUCAUGCAUAAAUUUAAUGUUUCAGAUAAGAAAAAUGUUAACUUACAAACAUCUACCCUCAGCAACUGUAAGGAGACUGGCUUACUCAAACUAACUUCAGUAGCAAUGAUCAGAUUCAUUUGUGUGUCUGCUUUUUCAGACCUACACCAGAGAAAGACUAAUCUUGGUGUACUAAACCAACUAGGAUUUUAAAUGGUGAAUCUGUAGAUUUCUUGAACAGAGCUCUUUCUGUCAGUCAUUGUUAUUAGGAAUCUGAAAAUAGGAUACCAAUACUGUAAUGAGUUGUCUCCAAAAAUAUUAGUGUGUGUCUGAUAAAUAAUUGCAGUCAUUUUUCAAUCAUUAAAAAAAUUGGCCUGCAGCAUCUUUGAAACUAUUAUGCAGGUUGAUACAAACAAAAAUGGAAACUAAUGUUCAGUUUAAAACUGUGUGCUACUUUUGUGUGGCUAAUAAGCUAUUUUUCACAAUAUGAUUCUCAACCACUUGAAAAUCAAAACAAUUCAAAAUUAAAUUAUUUGCCAUUGUAUUUUUAUUAUCUUAUGUUCUCAAAAUUACAUUAGCACAAUCAGGUAAAUUUAUGAUGAUGAGCUAAAUAAUACUACCUGCUGAUACAUUUUUAACAUUAGAUGUGCAUAACUGGUGCUGUUUCAUUGUGUCUAAGUGUAUUUUUUUAAAUACUACAAUGAUAUUUAUGUUCUUCCUGAUGUUGAGUGCCAAAUAUUUCUAAGAAAUUUUUUGAAAUAGUAUGCUUUGAAGAAAUUUAAAUACAUGUGACAGAUAUACUGCAUAUGUUAAACACGAAUUACUGUUCUUCGGUUUUGAGAUUCAUGUUUACAUUAUUUUGUAUAUGUGAAUCUUUACUACAGUAGUCAAAUAGUAGCGUUUAAUACAAAGACCUAGUUUACACAAUCAAAAUAACAGUAAAAAUUAGUAUUGGAUAAUGUAAUUCCUAGCUUCAGUAUGGAAUCUGUUUAAUGUUUAAAAUUAAUGACUGAAGAAUUUUUGAAAUGCUAUGCUGUGAAAUAACAGAAUUUGGUUUGAUUCAGAAAAAAUGCUCAUCAUCGUGAAUACUUAUGUAGCUGCCCAACAAUUAUCUGAAUUUCAUCACACAAAUUGCCAGCUCCAAACUUGUGAGUCAGUAUUUCACUGUAAUUCCUGUUAUGUUUAAUAACUUAGCAUGUUAUAUUAAGCAGAAACAAGUUAUCAAGUUACCUGGAUUACUUGUUCAAUCUAUGUCUGAGAAGAUAUUUUCAUUAUAUUGGUGUUGAUAUGACUGGUGCUUCCAUUUCUUUGUAACUGGCUGCACAAUAGGAACUCUAAAGUGGCCAGAUCCAAUAAAAACAGUGGCUACAGGCAUAGUUAUGCACAUCCAUUACUGAAAUAUCCCAUGUAAUGUAAAAAGCAUUGUUAAAUAAAACAGGUAUUCUGCACUGAAGUUAGGUAAGAAUGGCACUGAAACUUAAGACUUGGAACUAAUAUCUUCUGUCAUCACUGCUCAUGUAAAAAUGAAAGUGCAAUAGAUUAAAUUUUAUUUUGUUAUGUAAGUGGUUGUGAUAAUUUUGACAGGAAGAUGCCAUUUAUAUCUUGUCAAUAUGUGCAAUAUUAGAUUUAGACACAGUUGUGUUUGCUACAUGUUUAGUUACUAUAUGUACGUAUAUUAUAAAACUUUUACAGGGUUGUUUUCUUAUUAUUGGAAGAUUACUGUAUUGUUAUGUUUAACUAUCAUUCAGUGCAUUCUGUAAUUCAGAAACUGUGUACCUUCUCGUCCUCAUGGACAGAGCAUUCUGUAAAAAAAAUGACAGAAGACAGAGAGACACAGGAUGUAUUUUAGCAUAUUCUUGUGAUUUUUCAUAUACCUGAAUAUAAGAGAUUAACAAUAAA